CUGGUUUAAUGCGACCAGAGUCGUGACUGAAGUACGUGGAAAGCGCGGGGAGAGGUGUCGUCCACGCCGCGGAGGCCGCUGCGAGGCUCUCCCGUCUCCGCCCGGACGCCCGCCGCUCCCCGUUCCGCUCUUCCCGCCGGUCGUUGGCGGAGGCCGCGCCGAUGAAGCCGGCUCAGGGGCUUGUGGUUUUUACAGAUGUGGCCAUACACUUCUCCCGGGAGGAGUGGGGGCUCCUUGACGAGGCUCAGAGAAGCCUGUACCACAGUGUGAUGCUGGAGACCUUGGCACUUUUGUCAUCACUAGGUUGCUGGCACGGAGCCCAGGACGAGAAGGUCCCUUCAGAGCAAGGUGAUUCUGUAGGAGGGUCACAGGUCAGGACUCCAAAGCCAGGCCCACCCACCGAGAAGUCCCAGCCUUGGAAGCCCUGUAGCUUGCUCUGGAAAGACCUUUUGCGCUGGGCUGAGCAUGAUGGAACACGCCCUGAGCGAGGCCUGCGCACUUGUGGGGAAAAGCAUUUGCAGCACCAAAAGCAACAAAUUAGAGAGAAACUUUCCAGAAGCGGUGAGGGGAGGCCUCCGUUUGUGAAGAACUGCAGAGGUCACGUGACAGAGACAAGCUUUACACACAGGGAUGGUGGGAACGCCAUCCCAGCCAGCUCAGGCCUUCUCCAGCCACAGGUUCUUCAUGUUGUAGGAAAGCCACACUGGGACACAGGAGGUGGAGAGGCCUUUCAGAAUGAGCAGAAUUAUUGUAAGUGCACCCAGUGUGGGAAAACCUUCAGCCGUAAACAUAUACUUGUGGACUGUGAGAAAAGCCCCAGCAGAAGAAAGCUUUAUGAGUGCCGGGAAUGUGGGAGGGCCUUCCUCCGAAAGUCCCACCCCCGUCAGCACCUGAAGGGCCAUGACGAGGAUCGGCUUUAUGAGAACCCAGAAUGUGGGAGAUUCUUCGCACAGGUACCUGGCCUCGGUGACCACCAGGGUAUUCGCAGCAGGCCGAGGCCUUUUGAGUGCAACCAAUGUGGGAAGGGUUUCCUUAGACUUUCCCAACUUGUUGGUCACCAGAAAAUCCACACGGGAGAAAGACCUUAUGGUUGUAGUGAAUGUGGAAAAUUUUUUAGGAAUCGCUCCACGCUCGUUAGACACCAGAGAGUUCACACUGGUGAAAGGCCACAUGAGUGCAGCGAAUGUGGGAAAGCUUUCACCCGCAAACAUAAACUUGCUGAGCACCAGAAAAUCCACAGCGGCGAAAAGCCUUAUGAGUGCAGUGAAUGCGGGAAAGCCUUCAGCCGCAAAGACAAAGUCGUUGAACACCAGAAAAUCCACACUGGAGAGAGGGCUUUUGAGUGCAGAGAAUGUGGAAAAUUCUUUAUGGACAGCUCCUCGCUCAUUAUUCAUCAGAGAGUUCACACUGGAGAAAGGCCUUAUGAGUGCAACCGAUGUGGGAAAUUCUUUAGGUACCGCUUCACACUCAUUCGACACCAGAGAACGCACGCUGGAGAAAGGCCUCCAGUUGCAGCUCCGCGCUCACUGGACGUCGGGCAGAUCACAGUGGAGAAAGGCCUUCUUACUGUAGCAGGUGUGGGAAGUUUCUGUGCUACGACUCCAGUCUCGCUGCAGAACGGAGGGUUCACACGGAUGUGAGAGUCCUUAAGAGAACUGCAAAUGUGGGGACACCUUCAGUCACAGCUCUGGCCUCGUUAAACCCUGUCAAGUUUGCAGCAGCGGAGAAAUGCUUUAUGCAUGCAGUGGAUGUGGGAGAGUCUAGCGAUUUAUGUCAUUUUACACUACUUUGCAUUUCUUUAAUUUUUCUGUAUACUUGGAAUCCUACAGGCUACUUUUGCACAGCUGCUUUUCAUUCUAUUUUUGUAUAAAUGGACUCCUAAAGUGUAUCCUCGUACAGCUAAUUUGAGAGUUAUCCCUGUUGUGUCCAUUCCUUUUUAUCGCUGAGUGGUCUUCUAUUGGUUGUGUAUGACACAGUGUGUUUAUCUUGCUGACCUACUACCAGAACGGAUGUUAUACGUAAAUACCUGAGAAGGGGGUGUUGCUCACAGCUGAAUGUUUAACUUUUAAGAAUUAGCCAAAUUGGUUUCCAGUGUGAAUGUGCCAUUUUAUACUCCCACCAGCUCUUCAUCAGCGUUCCAUUUGGAACACGUCUUUGUCAACAAUAAGUAUAGCCGGUCUUUUUUAAGUUAAAAUAAUUGUAUCAUAGUCUUACUUAAUCUGCAUUUCUAUAAUAAUUCGUGGCACUCCUUUUUUAAGA